AUGGAUGGAUUUCACGACCAGCAAGUGCCUUAUUGCAACUCCAAAAAGCCGCAAGAAAAGACAGCGAGCUGCCUGAGGCCAGCACAUGACAGAAAGAGAAAAUUCAUUAAGUCCGACCUGGCUCUGGACACUGAAGAGCUCUUCCAGGACCUCAGUCAGCUGCAGGAGACUUGGCUGGCAGAAGCUCAAGUUCCCGACAAUGACGAGCAGUUCGUUCCAGACUUCCAGACUGAAAACUUGGCUUUCCACGGACUGCAGCUGAAGAUCAAGAGGGAGCUGCACAGCCCGUGUUCAGAGCUGAGCUCCAACUGUAGUCAGGACCGGCCCUUCAAGCUCCAGUAUGGAGAGAAGUGCCCGUACAACAUCAGUGCCUAUGAGCAGAAGCAGCCUGCAGGAAUGAAGCCCUCCAGCCCAGUGACGCCCCCCUGUAGCACCCCAGUGUCCCCCCUCCAUCAUGCCUCACCCACGGCGGCCCCAACACCCAAACCAGACAGGACCUACGCUCACAUACCGCCGUCACAGCCGCUCCCUGACAACGCCUACUCUAUGGACCACAGAUUUCGACGUCAGCUCUCUGAGCCGUGCCACUCGUUCCCCUCCCCGCCGAUGAUGGCUCGGGACGGCCGGCCCAUCUACCACAGGCAGAUGUCAGAGCCCAACAUCCCCUUCCCUCCUCAAGGCUUCAAGCAGGAGUACAACGACCCCCUGUUCGAGCAUCCGGCCAUGAUGGGGGCACCGCUGCCCCACGCAUACCCCGCCUCCAUGAUGAUCAAACAGGAGCCGAGAGACUUCACCUAUGACUCAGAAGUGCCUAGCUGCCAUUCUGUCUACUUACGGCAAGACGGCUAUCUGGCUCACACUAACAGGACUGAAGGUUGUAUGUUUGACAAAGUGGUGAGGCAUUUCUACGAUGAUACCUGCGUGGUGCCUGAAAAGGUUGAAGGUGACAUCAAGCAGGAGUCAGGCCUGUACCGCGAGGGCCCAUCGUACCAGCGCAGAGGGUCCCUGCAGCUCUGGCAGUUCCUGGUGGCUCUGCUGGACGAUCCGUCCAACUCCCACUUCAUCGCCUGGACCGGCCGCGGCAUGGAGUUCAAACUCAUCGAGCCAGAGGAGGUGGCUCGUCGGUGGGGGAUACAGAAGAAUCGACCGGCGAUGAAUUACGACAAGCUCAGCCGAUCGUUGCGCUACUACUACGAGAAGGGAAUCAUGCAAAAGGUGGCCGGUGAGAGAUACGUCUACAAGUUCGUGUGCGACCCUGAGGCCUUGUUCUCCAUGGCGUUUCCCGACAAUCAGCGGCCGGUGCUGAAGACGGACAUGGAGCGGCAGAUCAACGAGGAGGACACGGUGCCGCUGUCGCACUUUGACGAAAACAUGGCCUACGUACAGGAGGGGCCCUACUGCCAGCCGCACCCCUACAGCGAGGGCUAUGUUUAUUAA